AUGGAGAGGUGCGAGUCCCGCCUGGAGCUCACCAUGGCCGUACCGGGGAUGAGCUCCCCGUCUGGGUCUUCCAGUAAGUACCUGGCUUCCCCACCCUGUUAGGAGGAGCUUCCGUUUCUCCGCCGUUUUUCUCUGGUUCGGAUUUCUCAGAUUUGGGAUCAAAUCGUAUGGUGAUUGGUCGCCGGAUUUUCCGGUUUUGAUAUGCGAUGGUGUGGUGCAGACGGUGGCGGGUGCUACAAUAUGAAGAACCUGGACAUCAACCAGCCGCCCUCCGGGGUGGAGGAGUUCCUUAUGGGCGCCGUGGAGGACGACGACGACGGCACCGCCCACCGUCCGAAAAAGCUGCGGCUGACCAAGGAGCAGUCCCGCCUUCUCGAGGAGAGCUUCCGGCAGAACCAGACCCUGAACCCCGUAAGCCGCCACCUCCGUUUUCUUUUCCCUCUCCUUGUCUUCUUCCUCCUUCCUUCCUCUGCUCUCUGAUCCUACCUCUGCUUCCGCUUUCUGUCUCCGGGCGGGUUUUGGGUGGACGUGCAGAAGCAGAAGGAGACCUUGGCGUUCAAUCUGAAUCUGAAGCCCCGCCAGGUGGAGGUCUGGUUUCAGAACCGCCGCGCGAGGUGAUCUCCGCCCAUCUUCUUCUUCCUUCGCUUCACCGGUCGACUCUGAAAAUCUCCGCCGGAGCUGACGCCGCCACCGCACGCAGGACCAAGCUGAAGCAGACGGAGAUGGAGUGCGAGUACCUGCGACGGUGCUUCGGCUCGCUGACGGAGGAGAACCGCCGGCUGCAGCGGGAGGUGGAGCAGCUGCGGGCCCUGCGGGUGGCUCCCCCCACCGUCCUCUCCCCCCACACGCGGGAGCCCAUGCUGGCCUCCGCCCUCACCAUGUGCCCCCGCUGCGAGCGCGUCACCACCAGCGGCAGCGCUACCACCCCCAUCGCCGUCAGUGGCGGCGGCGCCGCCUCGGAGGCGCGCGCCAGGAGACCCGGCUUGCCGGGCUCCUUCACCAGAGACCCGAAACCGCUCCGCCAGCCCUCCGCCGCCUGCUAA